AUGGCCGAAGAGGACUCGUACGCAGCUCUUGCUGCCAUCAUCUCCAACCUUGGCAAACAAUAUACCCCUGCCCACGAUGACUUCAACAGCCGCGUCGCUGCCAACAGCGUCGAAUCGAACCGAACUCCCUUGCCUGGCGCUGACUCCGAUGCCAAACAACAACUCGAGCGCGAGGUCGCUGCUCUGGCCAGCCGCGUACAAUACCUUGAGAACAGGGUCGCUUCUUCGGCCUCGACCGUCUACCCCAUCACUCCCAACGAGCCUUUGCAAUCUGCUUUCUCGACAGACAGCUCCCCCACAGCUGCCCGUGUCCUAUCUUCACGGCCUCGCUCUGCAUCUUUGGUGAACAGUCUUCUGGCCAAGUCGGAGAGUCCCAAGGGCACUGCCGUACCGCGUCAGCUGACCGAAGAAGAGCUUGGAGUCCUUCGUGACCACGUCGAUCGCCAAAGCGAAGAAAUCAAGGCCCAGAGAGAAUACAUCGACAGCAUCAACGAGACGCUGCAACAGCAGCGUCAGGCCACCGAGCAGGCUCUCGGCGGUAUCGAGAGCUCUAUGGAUGAUGUCGAGACUCUCAAGCGUGAGCUGUCUAAGAAUCAACAAAUCAACGCAACCUACCAAAAAGUCCUCCGCGAGAUUGGCAGCAUUGUCACUGCCGUCGCCAAUGGCGAUCUGAGCAAGAAGGUGCUCAUCAGCGCCAAAGAGCGUGAUCCCGAGAUUGCUACCUUCAAACGCACAAUCAACAAGAUGGUCGACCAACUACAAGAUUUCGCCAGUCAAGUAACACACCUCGCUCGUGAGGUCGGUACCGAGGGAAGACUCGGAGGACAAGCUGUCUUGCCUGGUGUCAGUGGCAUCUGGGCUGAACUUACUCAAAACGUAAACAUAAUGGCCGACAAUUUGACCAACCAAGUACGAGAAAUCGCCGUCGUUACCACCGCAGUCGCUCAGGGCGAUCUCAGUCGCAAGAUUCAACGUCCCGCUCGUGGUGAAAUACUACAACUCCAACAGACUAUCAACGGUAUGGUCGAUCAAUUGCGCACCUUUGCAACAGAAGUCACCCGCGUGUCUCGCGAUGUCGGUACCGAGGGUGUACUCGGAGGUCAAGCCCAGAUUGAGGGUGUUCAGGGCAUGUGGAAUGACCUGACUGUCAAUGUCAACGCCAUGGCCAACAAUCUCACCACCCAAGUACGAGAUAUUGCCGAGGUCACCACAGCCGUCGCACGAGGUGAUCUCACGCAAAAAGUCAAGGCCGAGUGCAAGGGCGAAAUCCUGGAGCUCAAGUCAACCAUCAACUCCAUGGUCGACCAACUCAGGCAAUUCGCUCACGAAGUCACAAAAAUCGCUAGAGAAGUCGGAACAGAAGGAAGACUUGGUGGGCAAGCAACUGUACAUGGAGUCGAAGGCACAUGGAAAGACCUCACCGAAAACGUCAACGGCAUGGCCAACAACCUCACCACUCAAGUGCGUGAGAUUGCUCAUGUUACAAAGGCUGUUGCCAGAGGUGAUCUCAGCAAAAAGGUUGGAGCCGAGGUCAAGGGUGAAAUUCUCGAAUUGAAGGUUACCAUCAACACGAUGGUUGACCGUCUGAGCACCUUUGCCUUCGAGGUCAGCAAGGUAGCAAGAGAAGUCGGUACCGAAGGUGUACUGGGUGGCCAAGCUCAAGUCGAGAACGUCGAAGGCAAAUGGAAGGACUUGACUGACAACGUCAACACCAUGGCCAACAACCUGACUAACCAAGUCCGCAACAUCUCCGAUGUUACACAGGCUAUUGCUCGCGGAGACAUGACCCAAGUCAUCAAGGUUCAUGCGCAAGGAGAAAUUCUGCUCUUGAAGAACACCAUCAACGACAUGGUUGGCCGUCUCGACAACUGGUCUCUUGCCGUCAAGCGUGUCGCUCGCGACGUCGGUGUCGACGGUAAAAUGGGUGGUCAAGCUGAAGUUGAAGGAAUUUCUGGUCGCUGGAAGGAAAUCACUUCCGACGUCAACACCAUGGCUCAAAAUCUGACUUCCCAAGUCCGAGCAUUUGGUGACAUCACGAAUGCUGCCAUGGACGGCGAUUUCACCAAGAUGAUCACUGUCGAAGCAUCGGGUGAGAUGAACGAGCUCAAGAACAAGAUCAACAAGAUGGUUACUGGGCUGCGUGAAAGUAUCCAAAAGAACACUGCUGCAAGAGAAGCCGCUGAACUGGCCAACAAGACCAAGUCAGAGUUCCUCGCCAACAUGUCUCACGAGAUCAGAACUCCCAUGAACGGUAUCAUCGGCAUGACUCAACUCACCCUUGACACUGAUUUGAACCAAAAUCAGCGAGAGAUGCUCAACCUGGUAUUCAACCUGGCUAACAGUCUGCUGACCAUCAUUGACGACAUUCUCGACAUUUCAAAGAUCGAAGCCAACCGUAUGGUUGUCGAGGAGAUUCCAUUCUCUCUUCGUGGCCAAGUCUUCAAUGGUCUCAAGGGUCUGGCAGUCAAGGCCAACGAGAAGCACUUGGAUCUCGCCUACUAUGUGGACAGCUCAGUACCAGACUACGUCAUCGGAGACUCGUUCAGACUGCGUCAAAUCAUUUUGAAUCUGGUUGGCAAUGCCAUCAAGUUCACCGACAAGGGCGAAGUCAGAAUUUCCAUCUCCGCGGCAGACCAGCUUGGAUGCGAGGAUGGUGAAUAUGCAGUCCAGUUUGCCGUUCGUGAUACUGGCAUCGGUAUACCGAGCAACAAGCUUGAUCUCAUCUUCGAUACCUUCCAGCAAGCAGAUGGAUCAACCACGCGCCGUUUCGGAGGCACCGGUCUCGGCUUGUCCAUUUCAAGAAGACUUGUUUCGCUCAUGAAUGGAAGGAUGUGGGUGGAAUCCGACUUUGGUCAAGGCAGUUGCUUCUACUUUACUGUCAAGUUCAAGGUCGGCGAUCCAGAUGUUGCGGCCAUCGACAAGCAGCUCAGAGCUUAUCGCAAGCACCAUGUGCUCUUCAUCGACACUGGUAAGACUGGUUGUUCCGAAGAGAUUGCGCAGCACCUGGUCAACCUUCAGCUGAUGCCUAUGGUCGUCCACACCGAGGCGGAAGUGCCUUCGCCACAGGCAGCCAUCGCCGCUGGAAAGGCUUACGACUGUAUUCUUGUUGAUUCCAGGGAGACCGCUCGCAAACUUCGCAACGUUGAGGACUUUAAGUACAUCCCCAUCGUCAUGCUUGCUCCUGUCAUCAGCAUGAGUUUCAAGUCUGCACUUGAGGACGGUAUCGCGAGCUACAUGACCACGCCUUGUCUGUCCAUCGAUCUGGGCAAUGCGCUCAUCCCGGCAUUGGAGGGACGCGCAGCACCAACAUCUGCCGAUCCGUCCAUGAAAUUCGACAUUCUACUCGCGGAGGAUAAUGCUGUCAAUCAAAGACUGGCUGUCAGAAUUCUGCAGAAGCACCAUCAUACAGUCACCGUGGCCAACAACGGUCUCGAAGCAUUCGAAGCCAUCAAGAAGAAGCGCUACGAUGUUGUGCUUAUGGAUGUGCAAAUGCCUAUCAUGGGAGGUUUCGAAGCUACUGCCAACAUUCGUCAAUACGAGCGCGAGAACCAGCUCACCCGCUCGCCUAUUAUCGCUCUCACUGCACACGCCAUGUUGGGAGAUCGCGAGAAGUGUAUUCAAGCCCAGAUGGACGAGUAUCUCUCCAAGCCUCUGAAGCCUAACCAGCUCAUUCAGACGUUACUCAAGUGUGCGACCAUGGGGGGAGCAUUGCUCGAACGCAACAAGGACCAGAGGAUGACUCUCACUCAAGGUGACGAUGGCAAGCAAGAGGAUAGCACAGGCAGCAGCAGCAAAGUCAGCACACCCAGGAGACCGAUCUUGGAUAUUCGUGGAUACACAGACUCGCCGACCAACCCGACCAAGAGUCCUUCGAUUGUGACGGCAGACCUCUCCGACCCCAUUGAGCGGGAAAUGCUCAUGCGAUCCAACAGCUCUUGA